CGUCCUUCAUUCAGCUAAAACCCUCUCCGUCUCUGCGGUUUUCGUUCGCCAACCAAAUACGAUCUUUCUCCGCCGCGAGGAAAGAUUAAGAGUGAAAUUUGUGGUGGUUUCUCUCGCUAUUUAUCAAAAAUGUCAUCGUUGAGGAAUGCUGUGAGCAGACGAGCUCACAAGGAACGAGCUCAACCACAAGCAAGGAAAAAAUUUGGGCAUCUUGAGAAACACAAGGACUAUGUUGAGCGUGCAAAGGCGUACCACAAAAAGGAGGAGACUAUACAGAGACUUAAAGAGAAAGCGGCCUUCAGAAACCCAGAUGAAUUUUACUUCAAGAUGAUCAAGUCACGAACUUUUGAUGGAGUCCAUAAAGUACAGGGUGAAGCAAACAAAUACACUCAGGAAGAGCUUAUGCUUAUGAAGACCCAAGACAUUGGAUAUGUACUUCAGAAAGCGCAGAGUGAGAAAAAGAGAGUUGAAAAGCUGAAUGCCACGCUACAGUCUACUGAUAACCAGCCAUCAAAGAGACAUGUUUACUUUGCUGAAGAUCGGGAUGAGGCUAAAGAGCUUCAGUCACGUUCUUCAAACCAUGAAAAACUGCCAGCUUCUGCGGAUAUUCCUGAUCGAAUCAAGAGGAAAACAGCUGCUUCCUACAGAGAGCUAGAAGCAAGGAGAAAUAGAGUCAACGAGUUGGAGAAGAUCUACAUGGAUAUGGCAAUGCAAAAGGAGUUGCAGAAAAAGGGCCGAAAGCGUAAACUACGGGAGGAUGAGAUUGUCUCUCCAACAUCCAAACCUGUUUACAAGUGGCGGGCAGAGCGGAAACGAUGAAAAACAAAGAUUAUGGACGUCAA